UUCCAGGGAUGAUAAGAGACAAUGUAGAAUGAGUUGCCCCCUCCCUCCCCUCCCGGAUCAUUAUUUUUAGCAGGGAGGUUUGUGCAGUGAGUGUGAGUGUGUGACACACCCAGCCCGGCCAGCGUCAUGGGGCGUCGUUCCUGUUAAAGGGAAUCUUAUACCCUCACACUAGUAGCCUCUAACCUCAAAUAACUCAGUCUGGGCUCACUAUCGGGGGCAACUUAUCCCUCUCCGCUCGGAUCUGCCCGCUGCCUGCACUGCUUUGCAAGGAGUCCUGCAACUGACCCGCCUGCCCGACACAUCUGCACUAGAAAACCCAAAGCCUUGAGAGAAAAUGCUCCUCUUACUGCUGGGAAUCAUCGUCCUGCACGUGGCGGUUCUGGUUCUUCUCUUCGUCUCUACUAUUGUUAGUAGCUGGCUAGUGGGCAAUGGCUACUCGGCGGAUCUGUGGCAGAACUGCAGCACGACGACCACCGGAACCUGGCAUUGUCUCACCUCGUCCAACAAUGAGUGGCUUCAGUCUGUGCAAGCGAUGAUGAUCCUCUCCAUUAUCUUCAGCGUCCUCUCUUUGUUCUUGUUCUUCUGCCAACUCUUCACGCUCACGAAAGGAGGCCGCUUCUAUAUUACGGGAUUCUUCCAGGUCCUUGCUGCGGCCUGCGUCAUGGCGGGCGCCUCCAUCUUCACGGUGCGGCACAGCGAAUGGCAGACGGCGGUGAACGACCCCAGCUACGGCUUUGCCUACAUCCUGGCGUGGGUGGCGUUCCCCCUGGCCGCCGUCAGCGGCAUCAUCUACAUCAUCUUGCGGAAACGCGAGUAAGGGGCCCGAGGGCCGGUGAAUGGAAAAGCUCCCAACGGAAAGACACCAUUUUAAAACAAAAAAAAAUAAGGGGAACCCAAAGAUUCGAAACCAAAACAUUACAACCUCCCCCCCCCCCAAAAAAAAGAGAGAGAGAGAGAGAGGGCGAGCGAGCGGCGGGGGCAGGUUCCUGUGUUAAUUGAAGAUGUAAAUAGUAUCUAUGGUUUCCGAACCUAUUUAUAACACUUUUUACAUAUGUGUACAUAGUAUUGUUUGCUUGUUUGUGCCCCCUAGCCCCCCUGAGCUAAACCCCGCCCCCCCCAAAAUCAAAGGACAAGUAUUCAUCAUUUGUUGUGCCUUACUAAAUAUGCCAACAGUCUUAAUGUAAAGUGCCACCCUGCCAAUCAAAACAGCCGCCAAAACGAGAGAGAGGUAUUGAAGGCUGCUUUUGAUACUACAAUGAGGUACCAUUCUGCACCCUGCUGUUGCUAAGCGACUCAGCUGCUUUUGAUACUACCAUGGGGUACCAUUCUGCACCCUGCUGUUGCUAAGCGACUCAGCUGCUUUUGAUACUACCAUGGGGUACCAUUCUGCACCCUGCUGUUGCUAAGCGACUCAGCUGCUUUUGAUACUACAAUGGGGUACCAUUCUGCACCCUGCUGUUGCUAAGCAACUCGGCUGCUUUUGAUGCUUCGAUGGGGUACCAUUCUGCACCCUGCUGUUGCUAAGCAACUCUGUGCUUUUGAUACUACAAUGGGGUACCAUUCUGCACCCUGCUGUUGCUAAGCAACUCGGCUGCUUUUGAUACUACAAUGGGGUACCAUUCUGCAUCCUGCUGUUGCUAAGUAACUUGGGUGCUUUUGAUACUACAAUGGAGUACCAUUCUGUACCCAGCUGUUGCUAAGCAACUCGGCUGCUUUUGAUACUACAAUGGGGUUCCAUUCUGCACCCUGCUGUUGCUAAGCAACUCUGUGCUUUUGAUACUACAAUGGGGUACCAUUCUGCACCCUGCUGUUGCUAAGCAACUCGGCUGCUUUUGAUGCUUCGAUGGGGUACCAUUCUGCACCCUGCUGUUGCUAAGCAACUCUGUGCUUUUGAUACUACAAUGGGGUACCAUUCUGCACCCUGCUGUUGCUAAGCAACUCGGCUGCUUUUGAUACUACAAUGGGGUACCAUUCUGCAUCCUGCUGUUGCUAAGUAACUUGGGUGCUUUUGAUACUACAAUGGAGUACCAUUCUGUACCCAGCUGUUGCUAAGCAACUCGGCUGCUUUUGAUACUACAAUGGGGUUCCAUUCUGCACCCUGCUGUUGCUAAGCAACUCUGUGCUUUUGAUACUACAAUGGGGUACCAUUCUGCACCCUGCUGUUGCUAAGCAACUCGGCUGCUUUUGAUACUACAAUGGGGUUCCAUUCUGCACCCUGCUGUUGCUAAGUAACCCCCAGGUCCUUAAAAUACAUAGAGAGGCUGGAGACCUGUGGGCUUUAAACAAGGGUGCCUCUAUUGUAAUUGGUCAAGUGGCGCGGGUGCCCUCUAUGGGUGGCACCGGGAGACUGCCAGAGCUGUAGGAGUACAAAUACCAAGCAGGUUCUAGUCCGAUUUGACCUUUUUAGGGCAUUUAGAGGGAAGGAAAGCAGUAACACACUGGAUUGGCCCUUUCCUUCCCCCCCAAUUGAGGGAAGAGGGCGGCGACGUUGGUUCAGGCCGACGCCCCCCCCGUUCCCCUGUGCUAUUGCUUUCUCCUGCAGUAUUUUGCCUUAUGACCUUCUGAUAAAGGGAGAUGGGCCUUUUUAAUUCAAAUCAACCCGUCGCUGCCGGAAGAGCUCGCAAUCCGUUGCCGGGAGCGACGGGGCCUCGCUCCCGUCUCCGAGAACCAUGUAUAUUUUAUUACUGUAACCGACGCGCAUGUAUGAUACAUAUAUACAAAUUAUAUAGGAAAAUAUAAGGACACAAUUGUUUACUGAAUGUUUUAGUUUCCCCUUUAAUCGUCAGCUCUGCGGCCAAGGGACCUGUAUGGGUCCUUAUAGACAGAUAGGUUAAACAAAAGUGGUGCUAUUAUCCAGUUCUAGACCAUUCCUUUUACUUUUAGCCGGCGUAUAAAGUCUGACCCAAUAACCCAACGGCCCAAUAAAGAUCCGGCAGAACCGGCCGCCAUUAUCUCUAUGUAUUACUGCCGGCGCUGCCCGGGACACGCGGGGCGACUGGGACCUUGCUGUGUGUGUGUGUGUUUGCCCAAUUGAUUCCAGUAAAUGCCUCUGGGGGGGGUCACAUGACGCUGCCCCUCCCCCCAUUUUCUGUUAUGGGGCAAUUGGCGACUAAAUGAAUAAUUAAAAAAAUGGGGCAAUUCGGUCGGUUCUGCUGUGAUCCAGCAACUGGCCCCCUAUUGGCCGAUAGUCACCGCAUUAUGGGAAGGGGGGGGUUUGCCUCUUGGGGCCCCUUAUUUCUAAAGGCCAAGUAAAACCGGCAUAGAGCAGUAUUAUAAUCAUUGAACCAAUCGGCUAAUAUACUGUAAGAAUGGGGCAAGUUAAGGAGUGGGUUGGGGGGGUUAUGAGACAUUUGCCCCCCCUAUAGGAGUAGGUGCAAAUUGCAGUUUGGAAGCGGUUGAGAGCAGCUGCUGUCUCUAUGUUCCCCUCAGCGGCCAAUGGACUGAGAGAGACUGUGUGCGGCCGAACACUAACGAGAUAUCACUAAUUAGCACUGACCAUAACUAACCCCUUGGUAGUCGCGUCCCAGCAGCCCCCGUAAGAUUUCUAUAGGGGGAAUGUGUUAGUUGGCACUAAUGAUAACGAAUGGGGUUCCUGGGGCGACGGCUUGGCGACCCCCCCAGACCCCGCUCUCCAGUGAAGCGGAGGAGACGCUGAACUACUACUCCUUUACUAAGUGCCUUUUGUUUUCCGAAAGCCGAGACCUGGUACUCCGCCCCCUUCUUAGUCUUUGCUCCUCCUUUUCUUUUAUUUUGCCCGAUUUUUUGUAAAAAAUGUCUGUGUGCUAAAUGGAUAAAAACAAUAAAAUUCAGAGUAACUCAAA